AUGGAGAAGUUCAGCGCGUACAGGGACCCAGGAACGGGCAUUCAGCCCUUUUUGACACCAGUGCCACCUGUGGGGUCUGAAUUCCUCGGGAAACUAACCCUGCCCAUUCGCUAUGUCUUGGGAACUAUCAGGACCGCCUCAAUCCUAGUCCUAACAGUUGCCUAUCUGGUUGUGGCCCGCGGAGUCAGCCUAGUUCUCCUCCCUAUACCUCCUUUAUACCGUUUCGUUGAAUAUCUGCUGAUGUUUCUGUUGGGAAGGAGUGUGCUUUUCAUUCUGGGUUUAGUGUGGAUCUCACCGGAACAAUUCAACCGCAAAAGAGGGAAGGGCCCCAAACUUGCGGAAUCAUGGGAUCCAAAGGCUGGCGACAUCAUCGUGUCCAACUGGGCUUCAUGGAUAGAGGUCCUUUGGCUCGCAAUAAGAUUCAACCCUAUUUUCGUGAUUCCGGUCCCUGAAUCGGUCCCAGAGCACCCCGAGCGCUCUCGUUCAUCGACGCCCAUCACCCACACUCCAGGACGCCGCACAGGCACUGGUUCUGCAAACAUACAAACUGCGAAUCGAGCCCCUGUUACCCGCAUUGCUAUUCGCGGAUUCCAGCAGGCUUCCUUGCUGAAAAUGAUAUCGAUUACUGGACAUGCUCCUCCGUUUGGCAAUAACUUGCCGGGAUCGCCUGCAUUCAGUCUCGAGGAAAUCAGAAAGAAAUCUGCAAAACCCAUCGUUGUAUUCCCCGAGUGUACUACAAGUAACGGGCGGGGUCUUCUUCGUUUCGCCGAUGUCUUUCGUCAAAACGUGCCCGUCAAGGGUUAUCAAGUGUUUGUAAUGUGUGUCAGAUACGAUCCUCCCACAGCUGUCGCCCCUAGCUUGACUUAUUCGGUACCCGCGAAGACCCUGGGCCCACUUUCACACCUCUUCACCCUUGCUGCAUCGUUAUCAGCCCCGCAAAUAACAAUUCGUCUCCUCGCCCCUUCGGAAUCUCCGGGGUCACAGUUGUUUAUUUCCAGUGAACUACUCUCAGACUAUGUGGGAGAAGACGCGCUUUCUGAGACUUGCGCCAGCCUCAUUGCACAGAUAGGCAAAUUGAAACGUACAGGGAUGGGUUGGGAGGAGAAGAGCAACUUCUUGGAAUUUUACAGAAGCAAAUGA